UGCAGCCGUGUAUGUGUGUGUUUGAAUGCGGAAACAGAAAUCAUCGCGCUACUACGAAUCCUACUAUGCUGACGGGUUGUCGCUUAAUAUUCAUGAGCAAGCUUUGGCCAUUGGAGAACUGCUAAGCAACGGCGCCGUUGCCUUAUUAAAUAUUCAAGUACAAGACGUCCGCUAUUGGAAGGUUACUAAACACGUGAGCGCUGUCUAAUUAAUAUGCAUGAGCAAAACCUUCGCUCUAGUAGUUGUAAUUUCGCAACCGGGAAACGGGUGAGUUGCUGCUGUCAUAAGUAUGCAUCACGAAAAGUAUAUUUUAUUGUUGUAUAAGAUUAUAAGACAAAAACUUGAUUAAAUACGUAUUUAAAAUUUCAACAAACAAAGUUAUUUUAAAGCAUAUGUUAAUCUAAAAAAAAAAAAAAAGUAAAGUGCAGAAUGAAUGAGUGGGCAGUUUUUUUCUAUCAAGGCUUCCACUGUCCAAUAGGUGGCACUAUAACAUAGUCAUGAAAAAAAAUAGCUUUUUGAAACACUUGAAAACUGCCAACUAAGUAACAUAUCUUCCCAUUUAAUGAUUGUUUGCACACAUACAUGUGCAAAACCUAACCAAUGUGUUUUCAAACCAAAAGAUCUAAAGAUCUACUGUAGACAAUGUUUAGUUUGCAAUUCAUAAUUAAAAUUCAUUUUUGAAAAUCGUGUUGAUGUUUUAUAUAAUAUGUUUGUUAUAAUUAAAAAAAUACUUGGAAAGUUUCACAGGCAUGCCCUUGUUGCUCUCUUUACUGGCAAGAGUGUAUUUAUUCAAAGGCAGUGUUUCCAAGUAUGUGUGCCAUUUGGCUAGGUUGUGUCUCCAUUCUGCUUCCACACACUGUGCCAGACAGAGCAGUCUGACAGGAUGUUAAAUACUAGUGUUUUAAAAGUGAUUGCCAUGGAUUUAAAAAUCAUUUGGAAAUCUCUGAAGCAGUUACAACUGGAAGCAGUACAGGUGCAUUUAGACCCUUAUUUCAGUCAUUAAAUCCAGUUUGGACACUCUUAGAAGCAAUCAAGAAUCGUCAAGAGAAUAAAUAUAAUAGGAUUUUAAUGAACUAGAGAUCUGUUAGCUGAACGGACCGAAAAUGUCUGACAAAAUAUUUCAUGGGAGAACCUAAACGCAAUUCAUUUUUCUAUUCAUUUUAGAUAAUUUCUUUUAACAUGAUAUAUAAAAACAGAAGUGUAUGAGUAUGCUGAAAUGGUCCUAAAAUAAGGUACAAUUGUUUAAAAUAUUUAUAAUACAUAGUAAUUUAAAUAUUUGCAUGAGAUUUCAUUUAUUUGCAUCUGUUAAGUUUUCACGUGUGUGUUUAUGAAUAAAGCAAAUGCACAUGCAACAUUAGAACAGUAAUAAUACAUGAAUGAUUAUACGUUUACAGUUUUUUUUUUUUGUAUUACCACUCCCUUCAGAUAAACACUUUUUGAACAUGUCUAGACAAGAUGAUGUCAUGUUAGAGGAAGUCCGAUUGUCUAGAGGUGAUCCACCCAAGCUUGAUCUAUUUCACACUGUCUCACAGAAGGGGGGCCUCAGUGAGUUACGGCUUGGUCUGUUGUUCCUCGGAGCAUUCCUGACCGUAAAUCUGAAAUGUUACAGCUUGACAUCGUAAACGCUUUAUAAAAUGGAACUUUUCACGACCCCACAUGUGAGAGAAGUAUAAUUGGUUGAUAUAGGGUAAAGUCUCACAAAGGGUACAGUCCACCUCAAAACGAAAACUUUAUUCAGUCUCAUGUCGUUUUAAACCUGUAUGACUUUCUUUUCAUCUGUGGAGCGCACACACACACACACGCACACACACACACACACAGAUAUACACUAAAAGAAAAUUGCAUUCGCUAAAUUGGUAGCGGGUGCAAAAAUAUGUUCCAAACUUUUCCCUUUUGAGGAUAUGAAAAAGUAAACCCCUUGCAGAAUCUGUGUAAAUGUGAAUAAUUUGAACAUAUUUUACAUAAAAGAUGUUUACAUAUAGUCUACAAGACAAAUAAUAAUAACAAUAACAAUUGCAAUUAUUAAACUAAUCCCCUUCAAACAUAUGGGAACUGUGUGUGGUAACCUGGAUGAGCUACUUUUUUACGAGUCCCUUGUUUGUUCUGAACAGUUAAACUGAGCACUGUUCUUUAGAAAAAUCUUUUUCCAGCAUCUUUUGCAUAUUUGAACCUUUUCCAGCAGCGACUGUAUGAUUUUCAGAUACGUUUUUUCACAGUGAGGAUAACUGAGGCACCCAUUUUCAUACAUUCUGAUACUCCGUUUAGUAUUGCCCUUUAAAAGCAACAGCUAAUACGUGCAGCUAAUAGACGUAUUAAGUACAAUUUACCUUGAUUUUCAAAUUGAAAAUGUUUCUAUUAUUGUCAAAAUAAUUUAAUGAAUCAGUUAUGGUUGUUCGUAAUAUUCAGUCAGUUUCAUUAUCUGCUUAUUCGUGUUAAUUUAGCGAUGUGAAAACGCGAAAGCAACACCAGGGUCAUAGGUUUGAUUCGAGGGAAUGCUGUGAAAAUGCGUUGCUUUAAUCCAGUGUCUGCCCUCAUAGCUCUGCAUCUGCAUAUGAAUAGUUAGUUUCACUGGUGUAAAUACGUUAGCGCUAACUCAAUGUGUAAUGAGAAUACAUGUGGUGUGAUUUCUUUUAAUUCCAGCGACCGGUGGUCAGAACAGAGCCAUUGUCUCCAUUCCCUUCAAAACCAUCCAUCACCAUAAACAGCUACAUCACUUAGCAAAUUUGUUUUCGGGGCUGCCAAAACAAAGUUUGGACUGCUGACAUGAGAAAUGGAGCGGCAGCAGGGAAUGGGAAGCCCUGGAUUUAUGCUAAAUGACGUGAUUCAUACACAAAAAGACCCGACUGCCCUUUCCAUUGCCGUGGAGGAGAUAAUGACACAGCUGUGCACCUUUUUAAGUCACUUUUUCCCUCUCGUUCAAUCCCACAACGCACAAAGACUCUUCGGGCUUGAUGGGAAGCGUGAAAGAGAUGUAGUCAAGGUAACAUCGUGUGAAUGAACUGAGCUUAACGCAAGCCGGUUAUACCUUUAACGUUUUCCAGGGCUGCGAGGAUGCACUGAAUGAUUCAUUUGAUAUUUCUGCUCAACAUUCAUCACCUCCUUUGAUGUGCGAUGACAGCACUAUUAAGUACGUGAUAGAAUUGACAGAGACAUGCUUGCAGCUAUUUUUAAACAAUCCGCUCCACAAGGGCUCACUGUAGCUUAGAGUGCUGUAUUCAUCAUAUUAACACAUAAAACUGUCAAACGUGUUUACCAAUGUUUAAUCUAAGGGAUGGCCAGAUUUGUGUACAAGAAGAAAAAAAACGUAAAGGUCACAACAUUACGUAUCUUAGGAAGUGACAUCAUAUGUUUGUCUAGAGAAUAAGCCGCGGCUUUCGUGCCUAUAUAGUAAGUCAACGGAAAGUCUUCCAAACAGGCCUUUCGUUGAACCUUGACCCCGCUGACCAUGGCAGUUUUAGGAUGACUGUUAACUUUUGAAGUUUUCUUUGAGGAUGCUGAGUCUUAAAUAUAGCCCGCAGCUACACGCUGAACGACAAGGUAAAAAGCUCAAAUAAAGGCUUAAUUAUAUUUUUUAAAAUAUGCUGAUUUUAUCGUCACUUUAUUUUGCUUACACCCGCGUCAGCCAAAAACUAAUGGAAUUCAAAAAGCAUUGUCAUUUAGAAGAUUUAACAUCUUCCUGUUCUUUGAAGACCGGGCUUUGCUGUUAGUUAAAAGGACGGCUUUUGCACGAUGAAUUUUGGGACUGACAGUGGCAUGGAGCAAGACCAAACAGAACGCAAAAAGCCAUUUUAUGCAAUUGACAGGCGCAAAACCAGUGAUGAAAGCCAGUUGCUCUGGUGGAUUUAUUGUUUAAAUAAUAUAGUUUUAUACAGGAUUAAAAUUUGAUUUUGGCUUUUAUUGCAGCUGUAUUAAUAUAGUGUAUUAGAUUAAGCAUUGAAAUAAACAUGAGUGGGGUAUUUUAAGCAGGAUAGUUCCACGCUAUUGGACACCCACUGCAGCAAUGUUUGAUCUUUAACCGAAGAAAUAAUGUCCCGUUAUAAUGCUUUUAUUAAUGUUGCAUUGACAUUUAGUUUAUGCUGAGGUUGGUGUUUUCCAAAGGAUAGCCCCAUAUCAUUAAUACGUCGGGAUCUGUAACUCGAUGCUCUCAAUGACCCUGUUGCUGCAGUCAAAGUAGUGCGGUGUAUAUUGGCACUGCCCAGAGACUGGAGAUAUUACACAUGGCAUGUCCUUCCUGGAAUCCUAGACAGCCGGGACAAUGUGCUGACUGGGCUAUGACUUUAAAAUUCAGCCUCUGAUUCAUAGAAGAACUCCCUCACUUUAAUAAAAUCCUAGCCUGUGUUUAUUCAACUUAUUUUAUUGAAACAUUUUGCCAGGGCGGCUAAGCGCGGCUCCAACCAAAGCUCACAAAAAGAUUACAAAUGUCCAAUAUAAGCACGGUACAGAAACAGACGAUUUCAAGGAAAAAGAGCCCGAUGUAGCCACUAUAAACAAGCAUGGACAAUUUUUUUUUUUUUUUUUUUGCAUGCACUGUACUUUAGUUACUACGUCCAAUCAUCUUCAAUGCAAGAUAAAUGAUAAUUUCAGAGACGAGAGGUGCCCAAAAAGCGGUAAAACAACAUUUGAAAAUCACAAAGGUAAUGGAAAAGAAGAGCAAUAACUGUUGAAAAGUCAUCAAUCUUAAAAUCCCGCCGGAGAGCACGACUGUUUGGAGCUUCCAUACUGAGUGUGUGCUGAAAAAGCAAAACCUUCCAUUAAAUUGUUUCCUGAACCUCAGGAACAUCCCCGUGGGGGAAGAAAAAGAGACAAGGGCUUUUAUUUUACGUCAAAUGGCCUUAGAGAGUUGGCCCAGUUAAAGUUCGCUGCCACACAUGUCAAAGACGUUGUUUGCAAAGGCCAGAGUUUAAGUGGAGAUCUUUUCAGCUGCUCUUCUCCAGGCUGCGCUAAAGUGCUGGAAUCACUGCUGAAGAAGGUAUGUGCUGUGAAGACCACUCCAGCUGAAGACGCCCGCUCUCUUCAGACUGCAGGACUACAUUCAUAACACCUGUAGUCAACCAAACAGAAAGCGGAGGAUGAGUUUGGCCUGCUUUCAGCUGUUCUUUGCUGCCACGUUGUGGACGCUGUCGUGCACCACAGCGUCUGUGGCGGUGAGCAGCGCGACGGAGCCGCUUCAUCUCAGAGGCGUUUCUCCGGAGGCCGGCGGCGCGCCUCGAACCCGGCGGAGGCGCUUCAUCUCCGGGAAAGAUAUGACGGCCAUUCUGGACUAUCACAACCGCGUGCGCUCACAGGUCUUCCCGCCCGCGGCUAAUAUGGAAUACAUGGUGUGGGACGAGAGACUGGCUAAAUCUGCAGAGUCCUGGGCCACUCGGUGCAUUUGGGAUCAUGGGCCGCCUCAUGUUUUGAGACACAUUGGACAGAACCUGUCCAUUAUCUCUGGAAGAUACAGAUCGAUCAUUGACUUGGUAAGAUCCUGGUACGAUGAAAGACAUUAUUUCUCCUACCCCAACAGAUGCAGCGGCUCUGUCUGCACGCACUACACUCAAAUGGUGUGGGCCAACAGCAAUAAGAUCGGGUGCGCUAUCAGAAGAUGUUCAAACAUGUACGUGUUUGGGAGUAUGUGGAAACAGGCCACCUUUCUGGUUUGCAACUAUUCUAUCAAGGGGAACUGGGUCGGAGAGGCUCCGUAUAAGACAGGGAAACCAUGCUCUGCGUGUCCCUCCAGUUAUGGAGGAUCAUGCGAUAAAAACCAGUGUGACUCCAGAUCAAAAUCCAGAAGAAAUGCAAGAGGUGACAGAGGCUAAUGGAUAAGAAAUCGCUUAAAAAAAAAAAAAAACAAGUUACACAAUAGAAACCACUAAAAUGUAAAUGUAAAAAUGCAAAUGUGGUCAUUUUAAACUAAACUGCAUUUAAGUGCUGUAAAAUGUCUGAAUAAUCGAAUGUGUAAAUGUCAAAUUGCAACUGUUACUGUUUAUUAUCACCACCUAGAUGUCAAAUUUUGUAUCAUUUUUUUAUUACUUUAUUAAGUUGUUUAAUGUUAUCCCCCCCCCCAAGGCUAUGGAGUGUUUGCACUGUUUUGCUUAUAAUUUGUUUGUACUAAGUUGCAUUGCAGUGACAAUUCACUUUGGAAGUAAAGCACUUUCGUUCUUUCAUUAAUAUUAUUUGUCCUUUUUGUACAAGUAAUAAAUUUGCUUUAGAUUGGGAAAAGUCGUAUGUUCGGUGGUUUCUAAGUUACUAUCUUUUUGAAAUGUCUAUUGCACUCAUGUCAUACAGAGGACACGACUGCACUGUAAACACAUUUGUCCUCAUAAAAACUGUCCUUUUAUUUACAUUUUCUCUUAUAACACAGACAGACAGUUGCCAACACCUUCCCAGCAGGCACAUAGCCAAUAAUAAAAAAACAAAACAAGUAAAAAACAAAUUCACCAAAGAAUAAUUGAAAGAUUUCAAUAAUAUAGUAGAGAUAAUUUGUAUAUGAGCAGCUGGACACGGAUCAGCAUUGAGAAACAGAAUGAAACCAUCUUUUAUCGCCUCAUUAAUGUGCUCAAUCCAUCUAAAAAGAGACAGAUCUGCUGUAAACCACAACUAAAAGGCUUUUAAAGUCAUAAACUAAAGUGCUGGGCCACUUUCUCUAGUCCAGUGUAUAGGGGAUACUUUACUGGUGAUUGAAAUCAUUCAUCUGAGUAAGAAAACAUGAGUAUAUUACAGUUACUUUUUUUUCCUCAAUAGGGUAUUAAUCAGAGUGUUGGCUUUUGAACAUGUACAUUCAAGUUUGGGUUCAGUAAGAAUUUAUUAAAUUAGUAACUUUGAUCAAAAUUGACAAUAAAUGCUGUUCUUUUGGACGUUCCAUUCAUCAGAGAAUUUCAGGUUUGACCAAAAAAAAAAAAAAAAAAAAAAAAAAAAAAAAAUAUAUAUAUAUAUAUAUAUAUACAAAUGUUGAACACUAAUGAUACUGACAUUUUGUUGUUAUAUUUGCUAAUUACUAUAGUUCACUAAUAAUUUGAGAGACAAAUGAAUGAUUGUGUAACACUGAAGACUGGAGUAAUGGCUGCUGAAAGUUAUUAAUAAUAUUUCAUAUAAUUACUUAAAAAUUUUCACUAUAUUUUUUAUUGUAUUUUGCACAUAUUUAAGU